AUGAGUAUCACAUAUGAGCAUAAUACAACCACAUUUUUUUUCACAUGCCUGUCUGAUGUUUCGAAAUUCACAUUGCCAAUAUUCCUAAUUAUUUUACUGGCCUAUGUCAUCAUUAUCUGUGGGAAUGUCACCAUCAUUACAGUUAUUUGUGAGAAUUCUCGCCUUCAUACUCCUAUGUAUAGUUUCCUUUUAAACCUGUCUAUAAUUGACAUUGCUUCAACCUCAAUUACGCUACCUAAAUUAUUGAACAUGCUAAUCACACAAUACAAUGUAAUAUCAUUUAAAGAAUGUAUGAUACAAUUAUAUGUCUUUUUCUCAAUGGCCGGAACAGAGUUCAACUUACUUGCCGCCAUGGCAUAUGAUCGUUAUGUGGCAAUCUGUCACCCACUUCAUUAUGUUGUCCUAAUGAGUUCAAGGCGCACAGGUUACCUGUCAGCUAUGGUGUGGUUUGUUGGUUUUUUGGAUCCCAUUGCGCACACUGUUCUUAUAGCUAAGAUGUCCUUUUGUGCCUCUCACGCAAUAAACCAUUUUUUCUGUGAUAUUUUACCAUUGCUUCAGAUCUCCUGCAGUGAUAUAUCAGGGGUGGAAAAUGUAAAUUACAUUGAAGGGGCACUACUUGUAUACACAGCAUUUCUGCUUACUUUAGUAUCAUAUAUCUGUAUUAUUUCUACCAUAUUGAAAAUAAAGUCUACAGAAGGCCGUAUGAAAGCUUUUUCUACCUGUACAUCACAUUUGACCUGUGUCAUAAUGUAUUAUGGAACAUUAAUGUGUUUGCACAUGAGGCCCACAUCCAAUUAUACUCCAAAAGAAGACAUGUAUUUUGCUCUUUUGUAUGUUGUGUUGGUUCCUAUGCUAAAUCCUUUUAUUUACACUUUAAAAAAUAAAGAAUUCCAAGAGGAUAUGGCAAAAUCUAAGCGCAAAGUGUUAGAAAAAACAAUAUUUCAAAUGUUUCCUUGGGCAAUACAAAGCCAACAUAAUAAAUAA